AUGGCAAGAGAGAAAUGGAGAGAAGCUGGGCUGCAAUCCAGUUCUCAAACAGGGAAACCAGACAAGAGAGUUGGAUUUCAAAAGGCAUUGGGAAAAUACUUGGCUAAAUCACUAACUAAUCCUCUUUUCAACAAGUUGAUGCGGAAGACAAUCCCAACUGAUGCCGCAUUGGUGGCAACAGGGGGUGGAGAUGAUAGAGGAUUCCUUUGGAAGAUUGGCCAAGGAGAUUGGGAUUUUGAGUUAGAAGGUCACAAGGAUACUGUGUCUAGUUUGGCUUUCAGUACUGAUGGACAGUUGCUUGCAUCUGGUAGCUUUGAUGGGCUUACCCGAGUGUGGGAUAUAUCUGCGGGUAAUCUGAAGUGCACACUUGAAGGUCCCGGAGGAGGCAUUGAGUGGGUCAGGUGGCAUCCCAAAGGACAUCUGGUUUUGGCGGGUUCUGAGGAUUGCACUGUUUGGAUGUGGAAUGCUGACAGGGCUGCCUAUCUUAAUAUGUUUUCAGGACAUGCCAGUUGUGUUACCUGCGGUGAUUUUACUCCUGAUGGUAAAACUAUUUGUACUGGUUCUGAUGAUGCGACUUUAAGGAUAUGGAAUCCAAGAAGUGGUGAAAACAUCCACGUUGUCAGAGGUCAUCCAUAUCACACUGAAGGGCUGACAUGUUUGACGAUAAGCUCUGAUUCAGCUCUUGCUUUUACUGGUUCAAAGGAUGGUUCCUUUCACAUUGUGAAUAUAACAACUGGGAAGGUUGUUAGUUCUCUAAGUGGUCACACAGAUUCAAUUGAAUGUGUUGGUCUCGGGGCAAGGUAUGAUAUAUUCCUCAAAACUCUUCCUAGUCCCUACUCUCUAAAUUUUGUUUUCUGAAAAGCUUUAUUAUGGACAAAAAUUAUGAAAAGAUAAACAACUAUAUACAAAC